GCGGACACGAUGUUGGGGGAUCGGCGGCAUUACUACUGGGACUGUGUCGUGGCUUGUGGCCUGCGUGAGUCCAUGGGCAUGGCGAUGGGGGCACAUCCGGAGGACUCGCUGGGCGUGUGUGCGCGCUCUUACUUGUGGCUGGUGCCAGCUGGCAGUGGUGCGAUGCCUGCGUCAGCUCCGUGGCGUGUGCUGUGGGAGUGUGAGAAUGUGAGGCGGGCGCAGACGUCUCUGCUAACUGCACUCGACUCAUGCAUCGGGCUCAUUGCGCGCUGGCAGAUACAUUAGUGCGGGCGACGCCUGAGGCGUCGGCCCGCGGAACGUACCUUCAUACACUUACCAGACUAGAAGGAUCGACCACCAUCCUGCUCUCUUUCUAGGCUAGGAGUGGAAGGGGCGCAGCCGGGGGCCGUUGUAACACACAUUGACACUGCAAAGCGGGCCUGCCUCUCUUUCCCCUGGCGUUCCGGUAGCUACACUCCAACAGCCAUUCGCCCUAGUUUGGCAUGUUCAGCCGAGCUGGCCAGCACACAGUUCUCGCGCGGCGUUUUGUGAGUUCUGUGAGAUAUCUGGAGCGGAGUGGCGGGCCCCCACCGGCCGUGCGCGUUUGCCAGCGUGUGCAUAGCCAGGUGCCACUCGCGCGAGAUUGACUUUCCGCGGGCCCAGGGAUUGCUACGGUCACCGCUCGUGGAGCUCCAUCGCCAGCGACAUCUUCUUCACCAUCACCUCGCCGCGGUCCCUGAUGAUUACAAUAUCGCGAGCAGCUGGUGUGGAUGGCUUUUAUGAGUAGGGCUGAGUGUCCUGACCAGUCACAUGACACCGGGCUGACUUGUUUAUGUGAGCGUUCCAUAGUUCAAUCAGCAUACAAGACAUUCAUUGCUGCAUACUCUUCGGCCUAACGCAACUCGCUGGCAGUCGUCAACUCUCUCGCCGGGCACAAACUCAUUCCUGUGUUAUUCUGCUGUCAGCUUCGCAUCAGGUCAUCGCUGUAUGUGGUCUUGUAUCUCGAGGACGCUUUUGGACUACUGCGAGUGUGAGCAUGGCGAGCAGCGAGGUUCGUGUAUCUCGCAUGUGCAUGUCGAUGGCGGGCGCUGGAGUGGGGAGUAGUGUACUGGAUUCGUGCAGGGGGGGCUCAGUCAGUUGCUUUGUUGUGUGUGUGGCGAUGUGCGUGUGUGCCGUCUGUGCACUGGUGUGGCAUCUUCCGUGGCAAUUACCGCCUGGGUUCAGGGAGUGGUGCCUUUGUGACUCGUGGCUGUUGCAAGGGCUUCAGUGAGGGUUUCGGACGGUUUGCCCUCACGCACUUGUGCAGCGUGGCGCUGAUGCGUUGUUGCGAGGUGACUGGCAUGGCAUACAGGCCACUGGGCCAACACUUCAACCAUGCCGUGGCCUGCAGCCCCGGACAUGAUUGUGGGGGGGGGGGACUUCCCACCCCGGUGGCAGCGCUUUACCAGAACUGGGUUGGGGCCCGUCAUGCCUGGCUGCGUUGUCUGCUAUGGACCUUGGGCGGCAACGGAUUAUGGUGGCCGGGCAAGGGUUGCCCGCCGCGGCCGCGCUUCUGUCUGGCCGUGUGUGGGCUAUCGGACUGGAGGUUGUGGCUGACUUCUGGGGCGGUUGCAGGCGUUAGCUAGUUUGGGCGCGCGCCCUGGUGGCUGGGACACUGUCCCCUAUGGGCACGUGUUCCUGUCUCGGGGGGCCGACGACCGCACUGUUGUCGUGUUGCCGUAUGACGCUGAUUCUCACCCCCCGUCUCCUUGAUGGGUGUUGGGCGUAUUGGACAGCGCGGCACGUCGUGAGCGCGGUGCCCGUGGCUACUGGCCGUGUGUGCUGGCCCGGCGGUGUGCUGCCGUGACUGUAAGUGCGCGUAGGUAUUGGUGUAGCGAUGCCUUAUGAGCCGCGUAUCUUGUGAUGCUGUGUCUGGUGUGGCUCUGGCGGGCGUUUGCUUAGCUUCGACACGCUUACGCAGAUGUAAGUUGGGUCGGCAGCCGAGCAGGGGCGCGGUUCCCUUUCUUGUCCACUCAUCACUUUGCAGUUACCGGUACUACCCUGAUCGAAACAAUGAAAGCGGAUCCUGAACGCUCUCGUCAAGCUCUAUCCAUUUUGGGGCUGGGGUACAACAAGGGGUGUCAGCUUUGUACAGCUGGAAAAUGGGCUGAGCCCCAUGUAGCGCAAGGGAUGUGACGAUGGGCACCGGCGACAUGAACAGC